GUCCGAUGUUGACUGUCCCCGAGAAAAAAUGUCCGAACCCAGCACCCACCCAGCACUUCAGCGCCCCUCGCGAUCACUGCACGGCAAGGUCGCUAUUGUUACUGGCGCCGGAGCAAUUCCAGGAGGAAUUGGGAACGGGCGCGCGGCAGCAGUCUUACUCGCAGAAGAUGGAUGCGCGGUGAUUUGCGUCGAUCUAGAUCACAGUCUGGCUCAGGAGACCGUUGAUAUGAUUGAGAAGGACAACAUCGGGACCGGCACAGCGGUUUCAGCGGAUGUGACCAAAGCUGAAGAUUGCCAGCGUGUAGUUGACUUGGCCACAUCUAAAUAUGGACGGCUAGACAUCUUGGUAAAUAAUGUCGGCAUAAUGGGGCCGAAGGGCACCGCAGUGGAGGUCGAUAUGGCGGCCUUUAUGACUGGGCUAGAGAUCAACGUGGCCAGCAUGGUACAGAUGGCCAAAUAUGCGAUUCCAGCAAUGAUUCGCAACAAAGGUCAGUGCGCUGGUGCGAUCGUGAAUAUGUCAAGUGUUGCUGGGCUGCGAGGGGGUACGCCCAAUAUUUUGUAUCCGACCAGCAAAGGAGCCGUUGUGAAUAUGACACGGGCCAUGGCGGCUAAUCAUGCCCCGCAAAGAAUCAGAGUUAACUGUGUUUGUCCAGGUAUGGUGUAUACACCAAUGAUAUAUGGUGGCCAAGGCUUGAGCGACAGCGAACGCAAUGCACGCAGGUCUCGCAGCUUGCUACAGACGGAAGGCAACGGAUGGGACGUGGGAUGUGCCGUCCGAUACCUAGCCAGCGAUCUUAGUCGAUGGGUCACAGGGGUCGCUCUUCCAGUUGAUGCUGGCACAACAGCGGCCACCGGUAUUGGAAUGCAGGGGCUACACGACUCAACGAUGCAGGUAUCGUAGAAUAGCCCUUCGAAAUCAAUAUCAUGGAUCAUACAAUUGUAUCACUGAAUCUGCGGUCUAGAGGCUGAGUCUGUUAGACGAUGCGGAACGAAAUAAUUUAAUCGGGUUUCAUAUAGCCA